UUAAUACAAAUACGGCGCCAAUAAAUAAAUAUCCCACCGACCUUUCCGGUCAGAAAAAGCCCUCUUUGUCGUCUUCCAAAUCCCCCGAGAUUUUUAUUCCCACACUUUUCUCCACCUUCAUCACACUUCAAAACCCUAAAUCCUUCACAAAUCAUGUCUUCACUCUGUGAUUUCUGCAACCAGAGAUCCGCCGUACUCUACUGCAAAGCCGAUUCAGCCAAACUCUGUUUAUUCUGCGACAACGCCGUACACUCCGCAAAUGCUCUCUCCGUCAAGCAUUUCCGAUCUCAGAUCUGCGACAACUGCGGCUCCGACGCCGCCACCAUCUCCUGCUCCACCGAUAAUCUCCUCCUCUGCUCCACCUGCGAUCACGAUUUCCACGGUGACGCAUCGGUUUCCUCAUUUCACAACCGUUUUCCGGUUGAUGACGUCACCGGUUGCCCUUCCGUUCAUGAACUCGCUUCAGUUUGGGGAUUUGAUCUCAAACGUUCAAAUUCUAACGGAAAUUCGUGUGAGAGUAAGUUUUUUAAUACAAAUUCACAUGAUUUGACGACGAUAGAUGAGAAAAGUUGUUUUGAUGAGGUUCCGUGUGUUGAGUUGGAGUUAAGAGGUUUGGGAUGUGGAGUGAAUAGGAAGGUGUUGUAUAAGCAGUUGUGUGAGCUUGCGAAAGAACGGUUUGAUGAUGAAGAUGGAGAAGGAGGUGAAUUAGGGCCGAAAACUCCGAGUGGAUGUGGUAGGGGGGAAGUUGCUGAAGGUUUUGAGUUUGAGGAACAGGAGGAGAAGGAUUUGUUGCGCCAGGAGACUCCGUUGACGUAUUUGCUGUUGCCGAACCAGGAUGGGUCAAAUUCGAAAGCGAGUUGUGUUACUGAGUUUAGUAAUGUUUGGAGUUAUAGCCCGAAACGUCAAACAAGUCAGAUAUGGGAUUUCAAUCUAGGAAGAUCAAGAUCUUCGGUGGCAGGACAUGAUGAUCUUGGAUUUGCAAUAAACAACUGUACAGACCUUGUUGAGGAUGCUUCUUUCACAACAACGGAAGUGUUAAAAGAAAUGGAUGCCAUAAACAUAUCUUUUGCCACUAACCACCCAUCACAGAAUAAGCAGGACAUGCCGAUAUCCGGCUGCAGAUCAACAAUGAAGAGUAACAACAGACAAAUUACUGAACCAUCAUCACAGACACAAAUGAUGGAUAUCAAUACAAGUAAUUUAAUUGAGGAUGGCCAUGGAAUCGAAAUACCAGCAACAAACAAAGUUGAUGCCCAGCAGCUUGCACAGAACAGAUGUAAUGCAAUGUUACGUUACAAGGAAAAGAAGAAAACACGAAGGUACGAGAAGUGCAUUCGUUACGAGUCACGAAAGGCACGAGCUGAUACUAGAAAACGAGUAAAGGGCCGAUUCGUGAAGACAAAUGACUGAGUGAGUGAACCAUUUAAGAAUGUUCUAGUUAGUUUGAUUAAUAGUGGGGAGUUGAAUACAUGUUUGCACGUGCCUGGUAUUACGUUUACAUACGACUAUUUGAUUAAAAAAAGGUAGCUUGUAAUGUAGGCAGUGGAAAAGGUGACCUGGGAUCCUCGUCCUGUCAAUACCUGCCACGUAAUCUUGAAACAACCUUUGAACACAGCGACAAGGAAAGUGAAGGAAAGAAAAAGGUUAUUCUGCUGGUUUUUAAAGUUAGAAAGAUGUGAUAUAUUUGUACAUAAGAAUACUUGAUAACCAAUAGAUAACGAUCAUUAUGUAUGUAAUUUUACUACAGUAAGUGUUUAAUAAUGUAGAUAAUAAUAAUAAUGUUUCACAAUUGUUUUUGUUGA